UGUAUUGCAAAGCUUCAAAUCUCCGCCUAUGGCUAUACUGCCUCUCAAACCCUAGCUUCAGUCUCUUCUGGGAUUUGCUUCAACAGACAACCCCCCCCCCCAAAAAAAAAAAAAACCUUGAACUUUUUCCGCAGUCAAAAUGGGUAUUUCUCGUGAUUCGAUGCACAAGAGGCGUGCCACUGGAGGUAAAAAGAAGGCUUGGAGGAAGAAGAGAAAGUAUGAGCUUGGAAGGCAACCAGCAAACACAAAGCUUUCAAGCAACAAGACAGUUAGGAGGAUUAGGGUUCGUGGUGGAAAUGUCAAGUGGCGUGCUCUCAGGCUCGACACUGGAAACUACUCGUGGGGAAGUGAGGCCGUGACUCGUAAGACCAGAAUUUUGGAUGUGGUGUACAAUGCAUCCAACAAUGAGUUGGUUCGUACUCAAACUCUGGUUAAGAGUGCUAUUGUUCAAGUUGAUGCUGCACCAUUCAAGCAGUGGUAUCUCCAGCACUAUGGUGUCGACAUUGGUCGCAAGAAGAAAACAGCAGCCAAGAAAGAAGGAGAGGAAGGUGAAACUGGCACUGAGGAGGUGAAGAAGAGCAACCAUGUCUUGAGGAAGCUGGAGAAACGACAACAGAAUCGCAAGCUCGAUCCACAUAUCGAGGAUCAAUUUGCAAGUGGUCGUUUGUUGGCUUGUAUCUCUUCAAGGCCUGGUCAGUGUGGCCGCGCUGAUGGGUAUAUCUUGGAAGGCAAAGAGCUGGAAUUCUACAUGAAGAAGAUCCAGAGAAAGAAGGGGAAGGGAGCUGCCUAAAAAUUUUGUUAUGUGAGCUUUUAAUAUAUCAUGUCAGAAUCUCCUCUCUGCUACUUUUAUCUUUUUACAGGACAUUCAAGAUUGUAUUAGUUUUUGAACUUUUUAGUUUGAAUGUCAACUAGUGGGUUGUUGUGUAAUGUUGAACAAUAUAAUAUUUGUGUUUGAAUUUUGAUAUUCUUGAACUUUAUAAA